CCUCUCACGUAUGGAUUCCUUCACUUUGGAGUUUCUCCUGUUACUCUUGCGGGUGUGACUGGAGCGCUCAUGACUCGGAUACACCCUCAAACUCAGCAUCCCUUCCAACAACCACAUAACUAUUUUACAUUUUUCCUCCCUGCUUUUUUAGAACUUCUUCUUCCAUUUCUUAUUUUUAGCAAAGUGCGUCCUUUUUAUGCAGCACUAAAGUUACCUGCGCUGAAGGAGGUCUAGCUUAAAGAGCUGCGGAUGGAGCUUUGAAAUCUUAUUAUUGUUAUUAUUAUUCUUUUUAAUAACCUAUCAACACGCUAAGGAAACCGGGAAAGCCCACGGAUUCAAGGUGCCUUGGCGCAUAACGGGAGGUUUCGGGCAAAUGCCACUGCGAUGCUGUGGAUGUGACUUCAAACAGCAGCUUCACAACGGUAGAGUCCUGUAAACCACAAUGAAAGACGACUUUGCUGAUGAGGAGGAGGUGCAGUCCUUUGGUUAUAAAAGGUUUGGAAUUCAGGAGGGUACAGAGUGCACCAAGUGCAAAAAUGACUGGGCAUUAAGGGCAGCCAUCGCACUCCUCUAUGUGCUCUGUGCCCUGCUCGCUAUAGCGGUGGCUGUCCUCGGAUACAAAGUGGUUGAGAAAAUGGACAACAUGACAGAGGGCAUGCAGAAUUAUGGAGGCAAGAUCAUUGCUGUGGAGACAGACUUAAAGAAACUAGAUGAUCAGGCUGGAGUGAUGUCAGUUAAUGCCACUAGUGAGAUGAAGACUUUCAAGUCAGAUCUGGAAGCGUUACAGAAUCAACUACAGCGCAUUGCAAACAGGGCAACAAGUAACAGCGACAGGCUGGAUGAACUUAGGAUAACAGGAGGUGAUACGGAAAGUGCACAUGUCUCACUGCAGAGUUUUAUGGAAAACAAUGAUGCUUCACUGCGUGGCAUCAAGCAGACCUUGACCUCUUACAGUGGAAUGAUUGACAGCCUUGAGGCGGACACUGCACGGCUCCAGUCUGAGAUACAGAGCCAGGUCAAAGUACAGAGCCAGACUCAGGUUGAUGUCAGUGCGCUGAACAUCACGCAGGCCCAGCAGCGCAAUCUCCUCAGCACACUACAGAAGACAAUUGAAAAUGCAGGACAGGAAGUUCAGAAACUGAAAAAUGACUAUCAGAUUCUGCAGCAAACAGCCAGACAAACACGGGCUGACACAGAGUGGCUGAAGGAAAAAGUUCAGAACCUUCAGGUUUUGGCAGCCAACAACUCCGCCUUGGCCAGAAACAAUGAAGAAGCUCUAAAUGACUUGGGAGCUCAGCUCAGCACUUUAGCCAGCCAAAUCCAGAAUACCUCAGCUCUCACAGAGGGACAUGACCAGAGCUUGCAUGAGAUGAUGGACCACCAGAGAGACCAUGAUAAUGCCACCUCGUUUAAGUUUGACAAAAUGGAAGCACGAUUAGACAGACACGAGAAUGACAUGAACCGCGUGACUGGAAACAUUAGCUUUGCCGCACAGAUUCUUGGUGUCAUCAGUUCCGAGCUGAAUGGCCUGAGGUCCUGUGCUGAGACAGUAAUGCAGCACUCUGACCUGUUAGUGGGACUGAAUGGAAGUGUGACACAGGCCAACGCAGACAACAGAGAGCUGCGCGCCCAGCAGGAUGAACUAACAGCCCGGUUGGACAGAGAAGUCAACAACUUGUCCAUGGUGAUGGAGGAGAUGAAGCUAGUGGACAGCAAGCACACACAGCUUAUCACCAACUUUACCAUCCUACAAGGCCCACCAGGUCCAAGAGGGCCCAGAGGUGAUAGGGGUCCUCAGGGGCCAAUGGGCCAAACGGGACAAAAGGGUGAUAAAGGAGAGAAAGGAAUGCCAGGAUUGGUCGGACCUAAAGGAGAGCAAGGUGCAGCCGGACCACCAGGCGCAGCAGGUCCAAAAGGUUUAGUUGGGGCUCAAGGUCUUGUAGGACCUAAAGGACCAAGAGGGCUUAGUGGUCGACCUGGAAACCCUGGUGAGAAAGGUGACCCUGGGGUUCCAGGGCUUCCUGGGAGGGAUGGACCUUCCGGAAUGCCAGGACCGCCGGGGCCACAAGGGCCCAGAGGAGCAGCAGGACCUUCGGGUAUGGAAGGACCCCGUGGGCCUGUUGGACCCAUGGGCCCUCCAGGUCCUCCCGGUCUCCCAGGACUUCCUGGAACUCCCAUAUUUGUAAAGCCACCUCAGCCCACUCAGCCCCGUCCGGUCACUCAACCUCCCAAACCAUCUCAACCUUCUAAACAAGUACAGGAACCACAGGGCUCUGUGUCGGUCCAGCCUCCUGUUGCCACAAGUCCAAAGCCUGGUUGUCCACGUGAAUUCAGAAACUUUGGCGACAGCUGCUAUUACUUUUCUUCUGGUUCACAGAGGCUCAACUUUGAUGAGGCCAACCGGUUUUGUACUAAUCGUUCAGCUCAUAUGCUCAUUAUCAAUAACAGUGAAGAACAGCAAUUUGUAAAAAAAGCCAUCACAGGAAAAGGAUAUUUCUGGCUUGGACUGAGUGACAGAGAGGAGGAAAAUGUCUGGAAGUGGGUAGAUGGAACCAUACCAGUUUUCACGAAGUGGAAGCCUGGCCAACCUGAUAACUGGAAGCAUGGUCACGAAGACGGCGAGGACUGUGCUGGCCUUAUCCAUGAGGCCAACUGGAAUGACUUUUACUGCACUGACCGCAUUGCGAUGCCUCUCUUCACGACUAACCCCUUUGACCAAGAUGUUGAGAAAGCAACCAGUGAGAUGAACACUGCUGAGGACUGGGGCCUCAUUCUGGACAUAUGUGACAAGAUAGGGCAGUCACGCACUGGGCCCAAAGAAUGCCUCCGCUCUAUAAUGAGAAGAGUGAACCACAAGGACCCUCACGUAGCCAUGCAGGCACUGACUCUUCUCGGUGCCUGUGUUUCAAACUGUGGGAAAAUUUUCCACUUGGAGGUGUGCUCCAGAGAGUUUGCCAGUGAAGUCAGUAAUGUCUUAAACAAGGGCCACCCCAAAGUCUGCGAGAAGCUGAAGGCCCUGAUGGUGGAGUGGGCGGAAGACUUCCGCAAUGAUCCGCAGCUCAGCCUGAUCUCAGCAAUGAUCAAGAAUUUACGGGAACAGGGUGUCACGUUCCCUGCUGUGGGCUCCCAGGCUGCUGAGCAAGCAAAAGCAAGCCCAGCUUUAGUGGCAAAGGAUCCCUCCACAUCAACAAACAAAAAAGAAGAGGAGGAUUUGGCCAAAGCUAUCGAGUUGUCUCUGAAGGAGCAGCGUCAGCAACCGCAGACCUCAAUGUCGAGUCUUUACCCAAACACCUCCACCCUGCUCUCCUCACACAAGUCUGACGGCAGAAAAGUCCGUGCCAUCUACGAUUUUGAGGCUGCAGAGGACAAUGAGCUCACCUUUAAGUCGGGAGAAAUCAUCACUAUCCUGGACGAUAGUGACCCAAACUGGUGGAAAGGGGAAACAUAUCAGGGGGUGGGGCUGUUUCCCUCCAACUUUGUCACUGCUGAUCUCACUGCAGAGCCUGAGAUGAUGAAGACGGAGAAAAAGACAGUACAGUUCAGUGAGGACAUUCAGGUAGAGACCAUAGAGCCCGAACAGGAGCCAGUGUACAUAGACGAGGACAAAAUGGACCAGUUACUGCAAAUGAUUCAAAGUGCGGAUCCAACAGACAACCAGUCUGACAGUGUUGAAUUAUUACAGCUUGAAGGUGCCUGCAAUCAAAUGGGGCCCCUCAUUGAUCAGAAGUUGGAGGAUAUUGACAGGAAGCACUCGGAGCUGUCAGAGCUGAACGUGAAGGUGAUGGAAGCGCUGUCUUUAUAUGCCAAGCUGAUGAAUGAAGAUCCCGUCUAUGCCAUGUAUGCCAAGCUGCAGAGCCAACAGUAUUACAUGCAGCAGCCUGCCAGCGCCGCACAACAGGUCUACCCUGGUCAGCCUGCAUCAGGUUCAUAUGCCAUGAGCAGUGCUGGGGUGCAAGGCUAUACCGUUCCUAUGGAGCAACUUCCUCCUGGAACUCCCAUUCCUGGUCAACCAGUUCCCAGUGACGUUCAUAUGUACAUGGGCCAGCCGCCUGUGUACACUGCAGCUCCAGGCGGCAUGGCACCAGCAGAUGUUCAGUCCUACCAGAAUCCAGCCAGCAACCCUGGCCCAGCACCAUGCACAACUCCCGCAGGCAUGACGCAGACCGCAAACUACAGCGCUGCCUCUGGCGUGAGCAUAGCACCCUCCACAGAUGUCCCACAGGCCCCCUUCUCAGAGAAAGCAUUGUUAUAGGGCCACAGGAGCUCACUGAUAUCCUCACAGGCACAUAUGCACUCUUACAUACAGACACAACCACACACUCACAAAAACACAGACCUGAUCAAAUAGUUAUAGUUGAAAAUGUGUUUUUUUUUGCAUAAGUUGACACCAGAUCAAUUAAAACACAAUUUAAACAGAGUAAACUAACAUUGGCAUGUUUUCUGUUGUAUUCAGCUGAUAUACAGUCAAAGCUGCAGUGCAGAACUUUAAUUUCCUCCCUCUGGCAGUCAGAGUAAUUAAACAAAAAUAUUAUUUGAUUUUCACUGGAAAGCGUUAACCUGUUAUUUGAAGAUUCAUGCUGCUGUCAAAUGACUGCGCAUAUGUCUAGCAGACGUUUGACAUACUACUUUUAUAUGGCGGAGUUUACACUGGACUUCCAUUUAUUUUUUGAAGGAGUUGGAGUGUGUUCAUUGUUGUUGGCUUUCCGUGUUUCUCUUGUUUAUACAAGCAUCAAAUCUCACAAUCCGAAAUGCUCUACAAGCCUGAUGCCAACUAGAUGCGAGUCUUUAUUCUUCUGUUUUUGUUUGAUUUUGUUGGUUAUGUGAUUUUUGGCUUGCAAACAGUUUCUAGGUGCAGUCCCAUCAUCUUCUGGUGGUAGUAGACACUACAUCCUACCAGGUGCUAGUAAAAUAAGGGAACAAUGUAUUUUAGGAAAAGAAAUAGUUGGAUAAACUUUAUUUUUAAACAACUAUUCAGAUAGCCAGAAAGAUCGCAUCUUUCUUUUUUAGAUCUUAGUCUCUCAUCUGACUGGUGAACUCUUUUCUUUUUUUCAUCCAGAGUAUUCAAAGAAAUUAGAAGCAUAAAUCUACUAAGGAUUCAGUUUCUAUCUGCCAUACGUCUAGCCCAACUCCAACUGCAUAGCUCCCAAAGUUUAGCUCUUGCUAUUUCGCCACACAUCUCACAUUUCAAACUUCAAUAAACUGCAAAGUUUAGAGAGUUUUAUCAGGUGCUAAUAGCCUUGACUAUAGCAGACAUUCAUUUUUAUGCAAAGGUCCCACACUCCAGCUUUAAAUACACAGUUCUGCUUCUCUUACCAGUAAAGAAGUGAUCAUGGGGAUUUAUUUAAAGAGCUCACACUACACUGAGUCACAAAGUGGGCACUGUUGUUUUUUUAUUUUUAUUAGUAUUAUUAUUUUUUCCCACAUUUUCACAGAUGUCCUGUCUUUAGCCGACUCAGAUAUAAAAGUAUGGAGCGGCUUUCAGUUUCCAUCUCUCAAGCCCGAUCACUUCAAAUCUAGAUUUGAUAGCAAUACAUGCAUUCAAAUUUUUUCUUGUCACGUGCAAAACCAUUAUGGCAUUAAUUGCUUUGUAUUUAUUUCAGACUAUUGAACAAUUAUGGCAACACUGAGUUACAAAACAUUUUUCUCCAAUUAGUUCCUAGAAGAAAAACUAAAAAUUUGGUGCUAAGAAGUUGUUUUUUAGUACAUAUGGAGUUAAAUUUGCAUGCA